AUGUCUCGAAACUCUGGCCUCAUUCUUUUCCUAACAAUUCUUACACUUACAAUUGCUCUAACUUCUGCUGAUAUAAGUCGAAGAAAUUUGGGAGCUAAAGUUACCAUUCCUCACAAUGACGUGGCAUCGAAAAGUGGAAACACUGUGACUCAUGUUUUCGCUGCAAUUGUGGUUCAAAUAAUUGCAAUUUUCGCGCUUAUGUGA